AAAUAAGUAUUUCAGUGUUGCUGACAGCGCGUCACAUUAAGUUCCUGUGAUUUUCUCGUAAUACAUCUAUCAAUUAUAGCAAACGUUAGAUUUGGAUAACUGUAAUAGAAAUUUUUACGCUUCUCGGAAAUUAAGAUUAAAAUGUAUUAGCAACAAAGAUUGAAUUAAGUGAAAUUUUUUAGCAGCAAUAGUCUUUAAGUGGAACCGAUAUAAGAGCAGAGUCAUAGCGAUAAUUGAGACUAUUUGUACGAUUUGAUUCUAAUAGUGUACAUCGAGUUUGUCAACGGUCCGUGCAGAGACGAUCAUGGCGAUGGCCUGGCUGAAAAUCUUAUUUUAUUACAUUCUGUGUACUGUAAUAGUUAUUACUGCACAGUACACGAGCGACUCCGAGUACAACGAUUUUGACUUCUACGAGGAUUUGUCAGCGGAUCGCUCAAAAGGUUUCAAUAAAAAAUACAACAGUGUCGCGCAGGACGAUUUUUACAUUGCAAACGAUUUCGACGACACGGAAAAUCAGAAUCACGGCAUGCGUCCUGGGUCGAAUUACGCCGUUUUUGGAAACAAUAUCGGUCCUUUUGAGAGAGAUCCUUUCGACAAGCAAUUCAACUGGUAUAAAUUGUCCGAGAAAGUUUACAGAUACACGAAGCACCGAAUUCCCGGGUACGACUACGACGAGUUCGAUUACAUGCGUUCGAGGAAUGUUGAGUGCGACAACAGAUCGAUCUGGACGCAUUGUCUUUGCCAAUUCACGUGCUCGAAGCCGGACGUAGUAGACUGUUACACGCCGUGCAGAAGCGGAUGCGAGUGCAAGGAGGAGUACGUUUUUGAUGAGAAAGCGCAGAGAUGCCUGUUACCCGAGGAAUGCUCGACGGACGAUUACAAUUACAAUUAUUAAAACUUUAUAUUUA